AUGUGGCUCAAAAGCCAGAUACUGCUCUUAUAUUGCAUUGCAAGUGAAGUUUGGAUGGCAAAGCAACUUGACUCUAGAAGGAAUUUCUCACAAGGACUUUACUCACUUGAAGACCACAGUUCUGUAAAGUGGAGCAGACUGAAAAGGAGCUUGUACCAGGGCAAGUACUGCAAGAUACGAGGCUGUUGUGCAGGAAGAGAUGAUGGCUGCAGCUUUAACAUCGCUUCCCGAGCAGCUAUGUGCUACUGCGAUCAGUUCUGUACCACAGGUCCUCCUGGCCCUGUAGAUUGCUGUGCUGAUUACUGGGACAUCUGUGACAACGCUGUUGAGCACACUAGGUCAGAUAAGCGUUGGCCACUUCCAGCAUCGGGUUGUUAUAAAGAUGGCCGAUAUUACGGAGAAGGAACAACAAUUAAAGACAACUGCAAUUCCUGCAAAUGCUUCCAAAGUCUGUGGAAGUGUUCAAAUGACGUCUGUCUUGUUCGCCCAGACUUAAUUCACCACAUCAAUACUGGAGAUUAUGGAUGGAAAGCUGACAACUACAGCCUGUUCUGGGGAAUGACACUGGAAGAAGGUUUCAAAAAACGCCUGGGAACACUCCCUCCAUCUCAUUCCUUGCUGAAUAUGAAAGAAACUCCAAGAAACUCACUACCAGAAGAAAAAUUUCCUGCGUUUUUUGCAGCCACUUAUGCAUGGCCUGAGUGGAUUCAUGAUCCUUUGGAUCAACGAAACUGUGGAGCAUCCUGGGCUUUUUCAACUGCAAGUGUUGCAGCAGAUAGAAUUGCAAUUCAUUCUGAAGGUGUGAUCACAGACAACCUUUCCGUUCAGAAUUUGAUCUCUUGUGAUACCAGGAAUCAACAUGGAUGUAAUGGUGGAAGUAUUGAUGGUGCUUGGAGAUAUCUGAAAACACACGGGGUUGUAUCUUAUUCUUGUUAUCCAUCAUUUUGGAAUCAUCACCUGGAGCCACCAGGUGAGCAUCACUGUUAUGUGUCAAGUGAACACGGGAAAAAUUAUACAACAGGGCCGUGUCCCAAUGCUUUAGAGGAAUCCAAUCGGUUAUAUCGGUGUGCCUCCCACUACAGGGUCUCCUCACAAGAAACUGAUAUAAUGAAAGAAAUCAUGGACAAAGGACCAGUGCAAGCUAUGAUGAAAGUAUAUGAAGAUUUUUUCCUUUACAAAAAGGGAAUCUAUAAACACUCUUACAAUGAAGGAUCGCAAUGGAAAAUUCAUUCAGUCAAACUCCUUGGGUGGGGAGUACUAGAUGACAAAGAUGGACAGAAACAAAAGUUCUGGAUUGCUGCAAAUUCCUGGGGAAAAUCUUGGGGAGAAAAUGGUUAUUUUAGGAUUCUACGAGGACAAAAUGAAUGUGAUAUUGAGAAGCUGAUUAUAACCACUUUGGGAUAGCCAUAGUCUUCUACAUUAGUGUAUUAACUUGUAUGCUGCUUUAUACUUCUGUUCUUUCCUUUGUAGCAUACUGAGUCUUGCUAAAGAAAUAAAAUGUCUUCUCU